AAUUAAUUAUGAUUGCUUGUCAUCUUUGCAUUAUAUCUAUGUUAGCAUGCCAGCUAGUAUAUCAUAUUGGUGUACCAUUGGCAUUGCCAAGUUAGAAACUAAACUUAAGUUAAUUUAUAGCUUAAAAAACAUAGCUUUAAUUCAAGUUAAUUCAAAUUAA